AAGCAUAAGUUGAUGAUGGUUGGUUACUUGGUUAUGCAGUUUUCAAUAUACAAAGAGAUCAAAGAAAGGUUUAGUGGACAUUUGUGGCUUGAUGUUGUAUCCAAAUUUGAUCUGUUGAAGCCAUCACCUGUGGUCUAUGCAACAGAAAAGCCAUCUCCCACAGAAUUUGAGCUGGAGAAGUACCGGAAAUCAGGUCCUGAUGGAGCUAUUCAUGUAUCUGUCAAAACACAACAGGGACUAAAUGAGCUGAAGAAAAAAGUGCAUGAGCUGCUUUGCCUGCAGAUGGCGAAGAUAAAACAUACAAUGGAACAACCAAGAGAAGUGAGAGGUACCACUCAAAGCGUAACAGCAAAUUUGUGAAGAAACUCGCAGCUAAAAUAGAGGAAGUUGAAGUCUUCAUAAAGCCUGUAAAUCUUUGUAAAAUAUGUUAGGCACCAUCUAUGCCGCACCUCCAUACUCGAAAACCAGCAAAAGCUUCAUUACAGGCUCCUCUAAGCAAUUAAGCACCACAGAAUUGAUUUAGCGUAGCAACAAGAGCUGAAUCUUAAGUGCUUAUGUACCUUGGCAUCUUUGACAUCUUUAUUGUUACAUUCACAUUGGAGAUACAAUGAAAGCUUGUUUGUUCAUCGCCUUUGAACUUUCAAUCAAUUUGGCCACAGCAUGUAAUUUUUGUUA